GGAGCGCGCCAAGAUUUUGCCGGCUAGGGUUUCCCCUCCUCCUUCCUCUUCUCUACCGCCGUUCGUCUCACCGGCCAGCACAGCAGCAGCGCGAGGAUCCAUGGCGGGGGAGGCCAAGGAGCCGGAGGCGGCCGCCCAGGGCGAGGGGUCCAAGCCCAAGACCAAGGCCAAGAAGCCUAAGGCUGCGGCCGCGGCCGCCGAGGAGCGGGAGGGGGCCAAGGCCAACAAGGCCAAGAAGCCUAAGCCCGCGGCUGCGGCCGCCGAGGAGGGGGAGGGGUCCAAGGCCAAGAAGCCUGCGGCUGCGGCCGCGGCCGCGCCGGUGCCGGCGAUGGCGGAGGCGGAGGUGGAGGAGCUGCCCAAGGCCAUCGUGCGGCGGCUGGUCAAGGACAAGCUGGCCCGGGCCGCGUCCGGCGGCGAGGGGGCAGAGGGAGGGGCCGAGGUGAUUGUGAACAAGGACGCCAUGGCCGCCUUCGCCGAGAGCGCCCGCAUCUUCAUCCACUACCUCUCCGCCACGUGCGUUUGAUUCCCCCAACCUCCAUUUCUUCCUUCCCCUGAUUCUUGCUCUGGUUGAUUCCUGCGAGUGGCCAUGAUUGAUUUGGUUUGUUGGGUGGAUCCGGGUGACGAAUUUGUUGCCUAUGUGAAAUGUUUGGGUGGUUUGGGGGGAGAAAUCAGCGGUAAAUUACUUGGCAUUGACAUAUUCGAUUUACUGGGUCGAUUCGAGUGACGAAUUUGAUGCUUGUCUGAAAUGUUUGGGGGUAUUGGGGGAAGACAGCGGUAGUAGUUAAUUUCUUGGCAUCAGGUUAGUACUGGUUCAGA